UAUAUUCCCCGGGAGGCCCGUCGCGGUCCCUUCGGCUCUGAGCUGACCCCGAGGAGGGCAGUGUCGUCUGGGCGGCGCUGCGGAGACCUCCACCCAGGACAGCUCCCGCUCCCCGGGCCUGUGCCCUCUUGCCCGCGAGUCCCCGCGCCUCUAGGACUUCUCGGAUCUGAUAUCGUGGGCGGAGGUGCGAGCAGGUCCGGGGAGGGAAGAUUCCAGCGAAGGAGCCGCAUUCGCGAUCAAGAUGAUAGAGGUCCUCACAACAACUGACUCUCAGAAACUGCUACACCAGCUGAAUGCCCUGUUGGAACAGGAGCCGAGAUGCCAGCCAAAGGUCUGCGGCUUGAGACUCAUUGAAUCUGCUUACGAUAAAGGCCUCAGGAUGACUGCAAGACUGAGGGACUUUGAAGUGAAGGAUCUCCUUAGUCUAACUCAGUUCUUCGGCUUCGACACAGAGACAUUUUCUCUGGCUGUGAAUUUACUGGACAGAUUCCUGUCCAAAAUGAAGGUACAGCCCAAGCACCUUGGGUGUGUUGGACUAAGCUGCUUCUACCUGGCUGUAAAAUCAAUAGAAGAGGAAAGGAAUGUCCCAUUGGCAAGUGACUUGAUCCGAAUAAGCCAGUAUAGGUUCACUGUUUCAGACCUGAUGAGAAUGGAGAAGAUUGUAUUGGAGAAAGUGUGUUGGAAAGUCAAAGCUACUACUGCCUUUCAAUUUCUGCAACUCUAUUAUUCACUCAUUCAAGAGAACUUGCCAUUUGAAAGGAGGAAUAGCCUUAAUUUUGAAAGAUUAGAAGCUCAACUUAAGGCAUGCCACUGCAGGAUCCUAUUUUCUAAAGCAAGGCCUUCUGUGUUGGCAUUGUCUAUCAUUGCAUUGGAGAUCCAAGCACAGAAGUGUGUAGAGUUAACAGAAGUCAUAGAAUGUCUUCAGAAACAUUCCAAGAUAAAUGGCAGAGAUUUGACCUUCUGGCAAGAGCUCGUAUCCAAGUGUUUAACUGAAUAUUCAUCAAACAAGUGCUCCAAACCAAAUGUUCAGAAGUUGAAAUGGAUUGUUUCUGGGCGGACUGCACGGCAAUUGAAGCAUAGUUACUACAGAAUAACCCACCUCCCAACAAUUCCUGAAACGGUUCCUUAAUUGGAUUAUUACAGCAACAAAAACUUCUCUGAAGCCUUUCGCCACAAUCCUGAAGGAUGGAUUCCAUAAUGUUAUAGUGGAUUUAAGCUGUGAAUCCUCAAAACAUCGUAACUGGAUUAGCAUUGAUGUUCUCAGAUUUGGGAAAACUGCCUAAUUAACAUUAUGCUAUAGUGGAAUUAUGCUUAAAUUUGAAUUCAGCUGAGGCAUACAAACAAAGCCAAGUCCAUAAUGUGAAAUGUUAAUGAAAAGUCUGGGAAGGUAAACUGUGAAUCUUCAUUUCUAACAUUGAUCCAACUUUCUAUAUUGGGUCAGUAUAUUUAGGAGGUAUUAAAAAUGGUAACCUACUUAAUUUAAAUUUUAAAUUAUGAGGUUUACAUCAAAACCAAUAUUUCAUAAAUGCACUUUUAAGACAUUAUAAGGGUCACUAUUUUAGGCAGUGAAUAUGGUUUCUUAGCACCCAUAAUGCAAGUAAUAGAUGAUUCAGAGAUGUGGACUUGAUUGCUACAUGGGAAUUACAUUCAUUUUAUAUAAAGCAAAACUACAUACCUGUUAAUCUUGGAGUAUUAUCUUUAACAUUUUUUUCUAUAAGACAGGUGAUAUUUGUGUCCAGGGAAAAAAGUUUUUAUGCAAAAUGUAUAGUCACAUUGAGAAAAUUCGUUUUAUUGUACUAGUGACUCGAAUUAACAUCACUCUGAAAACGUGCUCAUUUAACACUCCAGAAGUUUUUACUAAGGACUGUUUUUAUAAAACUGCCAUUGCUUCUAAUUUACAACUCUGUUUAAAAUGAAGGGAAUAUACUUUCACUAAUUUUCCCUACUGUGCCAACAGAAGGUCUUAAGUAAAUACCCAUCUUUAUAAUCAUGAGGUUGCUGAGGUAGUGUUCAGGACUUGCUAGUAAGUCAGUGAAUAUAAGGAGAUCUACAGUGUUAGAAGUGUUAUAAACCACUCAGUGCAAUGUGUAGCCUGAGUCCAUCCAAGAUGAUUGUGCCCAAUGUUGACAUCAUGUUAUGAAUAAAUAUGCACUGGAAAAUAAACCAAAGAACCACAGUAUAUCUCAUACUUUUGUAAACAAUAUGUUUUGUAGGUAACUUUUCAGUUUUCCCAAAAGGCUGAUACAUUUCAAUAUUUUAAUUACAUCCAUGUUAAUUCUGAGUUUGCAGAGGUAACCUAACCAACUACCAUUGUGUUUUAGUACUAAGGGGGAUAUACAUUUCAAUAAAGUGAUUGAAAUGCA